AUGACGACUCCAAGGCACUACGUCGUCGAACACCUCGAUGUCGAACUCGAGGCUUGGUCAAAACUCGAAUACCUCACCAUAGCCACCGAAACCCGUCCUCAGUCUUCCUCCAACUCUUCCAACAACCCCAACCACGAACCAACAUUCCAUCUAACCUCGCUCCCUCGUGAACUUUUUGAAAACCUACCGGAGGAACUAAAAGGACAUGAAAAUCUGGAUGCGACAAUGGAAGAGGUUAAUAGACUGGAUGGGUUGAAGGCUGAGGAGGUGUGUUUGUUGGAUCCCAGGGCGGAGAAGGAUAUGUGCCCGGAGGACGGGGAGGUUUUUAAGUGGUUUGUGUUUGGGGGGAUAUUGGGAGAUGAUCCGCCGAGGGACCGCACUGCUGAACUCCGGAAAUACGGAUUUACUGGUAGAAGACUUGGACCGGUACAGAUGACAACUGAUACCGCUGUUAGAGUCACGAGACUCGUAGUCGAAGACAAGAUCCCGCUGGAUAAGGUCCCCUUCGUGGAUUUUCCAGAAUUGAAAAUCUCUAAAAAUGAAACAACAGAGAUGCCCUUUAGAUACGUCAAGAGAGAAGACGGGACACCUAUCAUGCCUGAGGGAAUGGUGGACUUGAUCAAGGAGGACAGCAACAAAGGCUUCCUCGACAUGAUGUGA